GGAAGUGCUCUGAACACAUCGUACACAAGCCUCGACUGUUGGGCUGCUCCAUUUUCUAGCUAACGGCAAACUGUUGUUUCGCCUUUUAUAGUUUUAUUUUCUAAUUCUGUUGGACUGAAACGACGAUAUUGUCAAGAUGGGGGGAGGAGAUCUUAAUUUGAAAAAGAGCUGGCAUCCCCAGACUAUGAAAAACAUCGAGCGAGUUUGGAAAGCUGAACAGAAACAUGAGGCUGAACGCAAGAAGAUCGAGGAGCUCCAGAAGGAACUCAAAGACGAAAGAACCCGAGAAGAAAUGACCAAAUAUGCAGAAGAAUCCGGUGCAAUCAAAAAGAAAGAUGAUCGUCUGGACUGGAUGUACCAAGGCCCCGCUGGCCAGGUGUCCAGAGACGAGUAUCUGAUGGGACGUCCCAUUGACAAGCAGAUCACUGACCAGUAUGAGGAGCCUGAGAGCGGUCCAUCAGCUGAGACUGGCCUCCUUCCAGGGUCCAUCUUCAACCCUGCCACCCCUGCUUCCAACCUGGACCUGGCUGCCAAGAUCAGGGAAGACCCCCUUUUUGAGAUCAGAAAACGUGAAGAAGAAAAGAAAAGAGAAGUCCUGAGUAACCCUGUGAAGAUGAGGAAAAUUAAAGAAAUGCUGCGCCAAAAUCUUGGCAAGAAAGAAAAGAAGAAGAAGAGGAAGAAGGACAAAAAGGAAAAGAAAGGAGACAAAGAACGGAGAAAAGAGAAGAAGAACAAGAGAAGGAGUUCAAGUUCAGGCUCGGAGGAAGAGGAAAAGCACAGGUCACAUUCAAGAGAUGAAUCUACUGCGGACACAAAGUCGCGUUCCCAUCAUGUCCCAGGCUAUGGCCUUCAGUUCCCUGCUGGCAGACACCACCAGUCCUCGGCUCCCUCCAAUCACUCUGGGCGCCGUGAGAGAAGCCACUCCCGAUCACCUCACAGGAACAACGGUCACUCCUACUCUUCGUCUUCACAGAGCAGAGACAGGAAAGUUGAACCCAAGGCUCUCAGCCCACAGAGACAGCGUUACCAACGACAGAGACAUCCAGUGUCCAAAAAACUUUCUGCAGAGGAGCUGGAGCGCAAGAGGCGGGAAAUGAUGGACCAGGCCAAGCAGAGGGAGGAGGACAGAGAGAAUAAUGUGAAGAAAUACAAGAGACAAGAUGAGCAGGAAAAACAGCGGGAACAAAAUGUCAAGCAUGAACGGCAUGCUGGCUUCAUUCAUAACAUGAAGCUGGAGAGUGCUGCCAGCUCUUCAUUAGAGGACAGAGUGAAGAGGAACAUCCACUCCAUUCAGAGGACGCCGGCCUCCCUGGACAACUUUAUGAAGAGAUGAACACACAACAUUUAUUGUACAGAUAAACUUAAAUGAACCGACUGUAAAGGCUCAGGCAAACUGUGUUCUAAUGGAUUUAGUAUUAAUGGUGGGGGGUGAUGGGAGUCUGUGUGGCUUGAUUACUACCCAGUGGCUUUUAAUUUGGCUUUUUGGCCCACAAUAUUCAUAAGGUCCAAAAAAUGUACAAAGUCUAGUCGUUGUUAUUCCAGUAUCCUGUUUUUAUCUCAAACAUUUUGUAAAAUACUGUAUAUUUGUUACUUUCUGUGAGAAUAAAAAAAUCCUACAC